GCGCGGGUCGGGGCGGGGGUGCGGAUGGCGGCGGGGCCGCGCGAUGCUGCGCUGGCUCGUGGCCGUGCUCAGCCACUCCUGUUUUGUCCCCAGGGGUGGCUCCAUGUUCUACGCGGUGCGCAAGGGCUGGCGGACCGGCGUCUACCGCACCUGGGCGGAAUGCCAGGAGCAGGUGAACAAGUUCCCCUCCGCCAGCUUCAAGAAGUUCGCCAGUGAGAAGGACGCCUGGAGCUUCGUGCACGCCGGCGUGUCGGGGCCGCAGCAGCCUGAGCCCGCAGAGGCAUUUGGUCUUCCAGCUGAGAUACAAGAAAGCGGUAGCCGGAGAGAGGAAUUAGAAUUAAAUACUGUGUGUUGCAGUACAUGUAAAAGGCCGUAUGARCAGUCAAGAAACGAAGAGCAGAUUGCAAAGCGUGUAAAACAUGACGAAGUACACUCAGUGUGCUCAACACCAACAGUCAGUGAAAAUAAGUUUUCAUAUAUGGGUGAAUUUGCAGUUGUUUAUACAGACGGUUGUUGCAGAGGUAACGGACGUAAUAGGGCACGUGCUGGGAUAGGUGUCUAUUGGGGACCAGGCCAUCCUUUAAACACCAGUGAAAGACUUCCUGGACGGCAGACAAACCAAAGAGCAGAAAUACAUGCAGCCUGCAAAGCAAUAGAGCAAGCCAAGAGUCAAAACAUCAAGAAGUUAAUAAUCUACACUGAUAGCAAGUUUACUAUUAAUGGUAUUACAAGCUGGGUUGACAACUGGAAAACAAAUGGCUGGAGAACAAGUUCAGGAGGAAGUGUAAUAAAUAAAGAAGAUUUUGAAAGACUUGAUAAUCUGGCAAAAGACAUAGAAAUUCAGUGGAUGCAUAUUCCUGGUCAUGCUGGCUUCCAAGGAAAUGAAGAAGCUGAUAAACUAGCAAGAGAAGGAGCUUGUAAACCAAAGUGCUGAUGUCCUGGGACUAGAGACUGUUGCACUGGGAGGAGAAGGCCUGACAUGACAGCAACAGCUUGAACUGCUGUAAUUGUUUUGGAGUUGAACUUUGAGCUGUACUUCUUUCUGGCCUGAACCACUAAAUAUAAACCAACUUCUGAGAAGGAAAAGCCACAUUUUCUUCUAUUGCAUUUGUUUUAUGAUUGAGACAAUAUUCAGUUGAUGAUACUGAGUAUUUAUUUUUUCUCCAUCUGUUGGAAGGUCUGUGGUCAGUGUUUUUAGCUGUCUUGUGUGCUAAUGGAUUCACUGUAAAGGCAGGCUUUGGAAGAAGUUAUAUUAAAUCAAAGUGUUCUGUAUUUUCUUCUUAGUGAAAUAAAUUAUUUUUUUUGUACUGAGA